AUGAAGAACUACCUGAGAACAUCAUCAUCCAAUGAAAAGAUAUCAUCAUUGGCUCUAAUGUCUAUUAAGAAUAGUGUUCUACAAAUUAUAGAUUUGAAUGAUAUUAUUAAAGAGUUUGCUGUACAGAAAGCUGGAAAAAAAUUAUACAUUUUUAGUAUUGAAUAA